AUGACAACCACCUCUACGCGAAACCGACCUUGGGUCUCGAAAGUCCUUGUUCACGCACCCGAUCUUGAUGUUUUUUGUGUCGCCCGCCUUCGUAUCGUCCAAGGCCAAACUAUUGCGCAUGGAAAUACUGCCAACCAAGCAUCUAUCUUGCUUUCGAUCACGACAACUCUCGCUUACUCGGGCAGCGUCGCUAACUCGAGCAGCAGAUCCCAGGUCCUGACUUUGAAUAUCCCUCCCGAACGAGUCGAAAAAUGCGGUCUAGCUCGGAGAAGCAACAACACUCUCUGUCCAGCUCGUCUCCUUUCCUCGCUCCCGGCGCCUGUUACAAAUGUUUCGGCCGUAUCAACAUUAAGUCUUAGCCUCGACACGGUCGGCAUCGUUCUUAGUCCAUCCGGCAUGGACUCUCUCAUACCGGCCAUACCUGGAGAUUUGGAAUUUUACUCGUUUGCCAGAAUUUGUCAAUCUAAAUUCCUCCGUCUACACUUCUCCGCACGACAGUUUGUCGAUAACGAAAUUGAUAGACUACAAGAUUUCGCGUAUGCCCUCCGGCACAGAAGUCUUCGGGCAGUGCCUUUAAACACCGCUCGCCAUGGAGUAUGCCCGAAAGAUUGGCGUGUCUUUGCUCUGUCGCCCGAUCCACCUCCAUAUUGCCAGGAGUCCGUGUCCGAGCAGGUGGAUCCCCCCGUAUAUCAUGAGAAAAUGCUAGGAAAACGGCGCAGAGAUUCACGGUCAAUAUCACCCAACGCUGAACGGCGAAAAAGAUCGCACCGUCUUUCCCCUCGACCGAUAGGCUCUUCAACUGAAGUGGCGACUGAUGUUGCGACUGAAGUUAACACGCCGAGUAUUCGGGCUCCUUCCCGAUCACCGUCCUCGAUCCGCCUGACUCACUUUCGGCGUGCUUCCUCCCGCGGCCAAACAGAGUUCCAGAGACUCGCGCAUCUCGAACACGAGCUCCGUGGUGUUUCUGAUGACCUGAUCCGUAGACUUUUAAUUCGAUCCGGCCGCGAACAUCUGCUAGCCAUACCGCAAGACGUCGACCGCCAUCUGGCACGCGAGCUCGAGCCUGUAGGCAGCUCUCUCGAGGCCGACAUGGUGAUGCUUGGGCGCCGCCUCGAACGAUACGUCGAUAGAACAAUUGAGCGUCGGCUCGCACAUUACGUCGACUGUGCCGUGGCCGAGUGUCGCGAUCAGCUCUACGACGUAUGCACCCAGAAGGAAGCCCAAUUCGAAGAAGAGAUCGACAACGGUAACAUCGAGGUACGCAACACAGUGAAUGACUGUAUGAAAGAAAUGGAGGAGCAGGUGCAAGGGCACAUGGUUCAGAUGGAAGACCAAGCGCAACGGUGCAUGAAGGAUAUCGAGGACCGGGCAGCCGAGAUCGAGAUC